CCAGAAACUUCAAAAGAAUCAACAAUGGCGAAACCAAGCUCUAUGUCGAUUCUCGCAGUUUGUUUCCUCUUGUUCUUCACCAGAUUCGAGUUAUCUUCGGCAGUCGAAGUUUACCAAACCUUCCUGCAAUGUAUGACAAACCAGACAGGUCCUGAGAUUUCAAAAGCCAUUUUUGCUAAAACCAACUCUGCUUAUACCUCCGUUCUUCAAGCAUACUUACGUAAUGCACGUCUCAACACCUCUACUGCGCCAAAGCCGGAAAUCAUCAUAACCCCAUUGCAAGAAUCCCACGUUCAAGCAGCUGUGAUUUGUAGCAAGAAAGUUGGUUUUCGUUUGAAAAUCCGCAGUGGCGGCCAUGACUAUGAUGGGAUCUCGUAUGUCUCUGAUCUCCCUUUCUUCAUGCUGGAUAUGUAUAAUUUGAGGAGUGUAACGGUGGACAUGGCGGAUCUGUCUGCGUGGGUUGGAUCCGGUGCGACGCUUGGGGAAGUUUACCAUGCGAUUUGGAAGAAAAGUAAAGUUCUUGGGUUCCCCGCCGGAGUUUGUCCGACUGUCGGCGCUGGUGGACAUAUAAGCGGCGGUGGGUAUGGAAAUAUGAUACGUAAGUACGGUUUGUCCGUUGAUCAUAUGGUGGACGCUAAAAUAGUUGAUGUGAAUGGAAGAAUUCUUUAUAGAAAAUCAAUGGGGGAAGAUCUUUUUUGGGCGAUCAGAGGAGGUGGAGGAGCAAGCUUUUGUGUUAUUUUAUCUUAUAAACUCAAACUCGUCCCUGUCCCCGAAACUGUUACAGUUUUCCGAGUACAAUAUUACAUGGAAGAAAAUGCUCUUGACAUAACUCACAAAUGGCAAUUCGUUGGUCCAAAAACUAACCCUGGUUUAUUCAUGAGAGUUCUUCUACAACCCAUUACAUGGAAGAAAAACAGGACGAUAAGAACGACUAUUAUGGCAUUGUUUUUGGGUAAAGCAGAUGAAGUAGUUUCCCUUUUGGGGAAAGAGUUUCCUGAAAUGGGUUUGAAGAAAGAGAAUUGUACAGAAAUGACAUGGAUUCAGUCUGUUCUAUGGUGGUCAAACAUUGAUGAUGUAAACAGUGUAACCCCAGAUGUUUUACUUGAUAGACAUCCUGGUUCAGGAAGUUUCAUGAAGAGAAAAUCAGAUUACGUGAGUAAGGAGAUUAGUAAACCAGAUUUGGAAUCUCUAUUCAAACAGAUGAUCAAGAUUGGAAAAACAGGUUUGGUUUUUAAUCCUUAUGGGGGAGCACUUAAAGAGGUUUCUGCAACCGAAACUCCAUUUCCACACAGAGAUAAGCUUUACAAGAUUCAGUAUUCUGUGAACUGGGUAGAUGCUGGGAUUGAAGCAGAUAAACAGUUCAUGAACGAGAUAAGAACUCUUUAUGGGUAUAUGACUCCUCUGGUUUCUCAAAACCCUAGAGGGAGUUACAUAAAUUAUAGAGAUCUUGAUAUUGGGAUUAAUAAGCUUGGUGGGAAUGUGUAUGAAGAAGGAAAGGUUUAUGGGAAGAUGUAUUUUGGUGAUAAUUUUGAUAGGUUGGUGAAGGUGAAGACUGCAGUUGAUCCAGGAAAUUUCUUCUGGAAUGAACAGAGUAUACCUCCUCUAAAAACUGCGGCAUAGACAAUAUAUAUAUAUAUGAUAGGUUCACAAAAU